AUGUCGUUGCCGUCAACGCCAAUAGCUGGUGCGAUGCCGUUCGCGGCCUACCCCCCGGAAAUCGCUGCCGUUCUGCGGUUGGAGCAGCACGUGGGCAAUCAAGUGCAGGCAGGUGUCCACGAACAGUGCGCGCGGCUGGAUGACGUGCAGAAUGCUGUCGGCGCCCAGACGCGACAUACCUACGAGCAGAUGGUGCACCUGCACCAUCAAUAA